AUGUGGUUUGAAUUUACCGCCGGGAGGGAGGUGAGGCAGCACCAUCUGUUGGCCAGCGACUGCGACUGUGAGACCAGCUGGCGGGCAAGACGUAAACAAGAUAUGUUGCCAGUUGUGAGUUGCAACCCACCACCACCCAGUGUGCUGCAAGUACCGACGCAGAGUCGACAGCAUCGCCGCAGAGUCGAUAGCUCUGCCGCAGGAUCGACAGCAUCGCCGCAGGGUCGACAGCAUCGCCGCAGGGUCGACAGCUCUGCCGCAGCGUCGACAGCAUCGCUGCAAAAUCAACAAUAUCGCCGCAGUGCCGACAACACCGCCGCAGGGUCGACAACACCGCCAAAGGAUCGACAACACCGCCAAAGGGUCGACAACACCGCCAAAGGGUCGACAACACCGCCAAAGGGUCGACAACGCCGCCAAAGGGUCGACAACGCCGCCAAAGGGUCGACAACACCGACAGAGGGUCGACAACAUCAACAGAGGGUCGACAACACCGCCAGAGGGUCGACAACACCGCCAGAGUGUCGACAACACCGCCAGAGUGUCGACAACACCGCCAGAGUGUCGACAACACCGCCAAAGUCUCGACAACACCGCCAAAGUGUCGACAACACCGCCAAAGUAUCGACAACACCGCCAAAGUAUCGACAACACCGCCAAAGGAUCGACAACACCGCCAAAGGAUCGACAACACGGCCAAAGGAUCGACAACACCGCCAAAGGGUCGACAACACCGCCAAAGUGUCGACAACACCGCCAAAGUGUCGACAACACCGCCAAAGUGUCGACAACACUGCCAAAGUAUCGACAACACCACCAAAAGGUCGACAACACCGCCAAAGGGUCGACAACACCAACAGUGUCGACAACACCGCCAAACGGUCGACAACACCGCCAAACGGUCGACAACACCAACAAAGUGUCGACAACACCGACAAAGUGUCGACAACACCGCCAAAGGGUCGACAACACCCUACUAGUGUUAUCUUGUAA